CUUUUGUUUGUAUAGUUCAGUAAUUAAGGUCAAAUAAAAUCCUGGUUUCUGUGCUAAUUUAAGUCAUAAACCAGUCUUCCGUUACUUUGCUUUAAACAUGGAUAAAGUGCUAACGCUUGAAACUAUCAAUCCUAAUAUGAUAAAAAUCGAAUAUGCAGUACGUGGGCCAAUCGUGGAACGUGCUCUUCAGAUCGAAAAAGAACUCAAGAAUGGUGAUAAAAAAUCCUUCAAUGAAGUUGUCAAGUGUAAUAUUGGUGACUGUCACGCAACUGGCCAAAGUUUUAUAACGUUCGUACGUCAAGUCACUGCUCUGGCAACUUUUCCCCAUCUCCUCGAAGAGAAGAGUUUUCCAGAGGAUGCAAAAUCAAGAGCUAAGGAUUUACUAGCAGCUUGUUCUGGCUCUAGUGUCGGUUCUUACAGUCACUCUCUGGGGCUGGAGUUAGUUCGUAAAGAUGUAGCAAAGUAUAUACAUCAACGCGAUGGUAUUGAGUCUAACUGGGAGAAUAUUUUUCUAGCUUGCGGGGCUACGGAGGCUGUAAAGAUGUUACUGGAAAUGAUAUCCACAACUGGUCGAGGCAGUGAACGCGCAGGUGUUAUGAUUCCAAUACCACAAUAUCCUUUGUAUUCAGCUACGAAUUCCGAAUACAAUAACUUUCAGAUUAACUACUACUUAGAUGAAAGUGACAACUGGUCCUUAUCUGCCGAUGAAUUGAAACGAGCACUAACGAGCGUCAAAGGACAGUGCAUACCGAAAGCCAUAGUUAUAAUUAAUCCAGGAAAUCCAACGGGUCAAGUACUUCCGCAAAAAUGUAUGGAAGAUAUUAUUAAAUUUGCAGUUGAUAACCGACUGAUUUUGAUAGCUGACGAAGUUUACCAGCAAAAUGUUUACCAGCCGGACAAAUAUCCAUGGGUUAGUUUUAAAAAAGUUUUGUUCAAUAUGGGACCAAGUUACUCAGGAAAAUUGGAAUUGGCCUCACUGAUGUCCUGUAGCAAAGGUUACAUGGGAGAAUGUGGAUAUCGCGGUGGAUAUUGUGAAUUAUUAAAUUUUGAUCCAGCUGUUCAAGCUCAGCUUUACAAAGCCCUUUCAGCACGAUUAUGUCCACCCCUAAUGGGACAGGUAGCAUUAGAAGCAAUCGUGAAUCCCCCUAAACCAGGUGAACCAUCAUAUUCCUUAUUUGUCAAAGAACGAGAUGAUGUAUUAAGUGCAUUGAAAGAUAAAGCUGAUAUCACCUAUAGCGCACUGAAUUCAAUGCCAAAUAUGUCAUGUAAUCCUGUUCAAGGUGCAAUGUAUGCCUUUCCACGCAUACAUUUACCACCAAAAGCUAUUCAAGAAGCUAAAAGAAGAGGAGAAGCACCAGAUUUCUUCUAUUGUUUACAACUGUUAGAAGAAAAAGGUAUAUGUGUAGUUCCCGGUUCUGGUUUUGGGCAACAAGAAGGAACGUAUCAUUUCAGCUUCAAUUCCCUUUUCAUCUACUUUGGUUUGGCCAACCAAUAGAACUCAUUGCCUCAACCGGAGCUCGCAACCAGCUAUAUAAACAUGAACUUGUCGUACAGCGCUUUAAAAGUUCUUUCAGCUUAGUGAAUGACUGUUUUCAUUUUGAAUAAGACUGAUGAAACAUUCAUUUCAAUUGAAUCCAUGGUGAAUUGGAAUCCAUAAUUUCUUUAUCAUUGCUACUUUUUUUCUACAAUAACUCUCGGUUUGCAUUUCCAAUAAGUCGUCAAGCUGAUUACCUAUGAUAUGGUUUACUUCAGUUAACUAUCUUUAUUCACCUCAAUUUAGCUCUGAUACGUAGUAUCUUAGUGGUGAAUUUUAUAUCGUCAUGGCUUUAGUGUAUAGGACCAAUUUGGUUUCUUUUCUUCAACUAGAUAAUGAAGUCCAGAACUACUAUAACUGAUGUGAUAUGUUUGUGUACAUAACUUUUAACCAUCCAUCUAUCAAAAUUGAAAUAGGCUAAAGCAGUGUCCUAACCUGUGAUCAAACAAAUUAAAUUCAAUUACUUUGAUUCUAUUAAAUUUCAAUACACCAGUUUUAUGAAGAUUGUUGUUUAUUCCACCAUUUAUGUAGUUUCGGAAACGAUGUGAAAAGUUAAUUAACACGAUACACAAUAUUACUUAUGUAAAAAACAAAGUAAAAACAAAACACCCUAUAAAAUACUUCAGUUUCAUGUUUAGUAAUAUUAGCAAACUAUUUUGUUUAUAUUUACUAUUUUUAAAAAAAAGAAGGAUCAUUUCAAUCAGAUCAAUGUGACGUGAACAUAUUUUGCACAUUUUCAAAAUGUUGCUAAUUCGGUCAUUCAUUCAUUCAUUUUGUGUUAUUAACAUCGUAUAAUUAAAAGCUGCUUUUCAUUUUGUUUAUGAUUAACCAACCAUUAUGAUAGUUUUAUAAUUUUUUUCCCUG